CAGCACACGUCUGUUUGCGUGCGCGUUCACGCUGCAUCAGUCGGUGCUGGUAAACUGGUACUGGCCCAGGCUUGCGCACGCGCGUGGCUGCAUCCGUGGCGUCGGCGCAGGUAGAAAAGAAAAAAAAGAAACGUCUUAUUUUUGGCGUUUUUCACCCCCCGACAUGGCGGCGACCGAUUGGCGGUAACGCUAUUGCCCUUUCGAGAGGAUUACACGAGGAACCAUGACGUCGGGCCAGGAUGAAAGUUCGGUUCGUGUGGCGUUGAGGAUCCGUCCUCAACUGGCACGGGAGAAGAUCGAAGGAUGCCACAUCUGCACGUACGUCAUGCCUGGCGAGCCUCAAGUCAUCCUGGGCAAGGACAAGUCCUUCACGUACGACUACGUGUUCGACAUGGACUCGCAGCAGGACGCCAUUUACCAAAACUGCACCGAGAAGCUGAUCGAGGGCUGCUUCGAGGGAUACAACGCCACCGUCUUCGCCUACGGACAGACCGGUUCGGGAAAGACGUACACCAUGGGGACGGGCUUCGACGUUAACAUCAUGGACGACGAGCUGGGCAUCAUCCCCCGUGCCGUCCACCAUCUCUUCCGGGGCAUCGAGCAGCGCCGGCAGGCCGCGCAGGAACAGGGUAGCCCCGCGCCAGAGUUUAAAAUCAACGCUCAGUUCCUGGAGCUUUACAACGAGGAGGUUCUGGAUCUGUUUGACUCCGUGCGGGACGGGAAGCAGAAAUCUCACAUCAAGAUCCACGAGGACGCCAACGGAGGGAUCUACACUGUGGGCGUGACCACGCGCACCGUGUCCUCCGAGGCCGAGAUGAUGCAGUGCCUGAAGCUGGGCGCUCUGUCUCGCACGACCGCCAGCACGCAGAUGAAUGUCCAGAGCUCCCGCUCUCACGCCAUCUUCACCAUCCACCUGUGCCAAGUCAGAGUCUGUGCCUCCCCCAACAAUCAGGAAGACGGCGGCGGCGACGGCGGCGACAAUCGUGUCUCCAAUGGCAACGGAGACAUGGACGAGUACGAGACGCUGAGUGCCAAAUUCCACUUUGUGGACCUAGCCGGCUCCGAGAGGCUCAAGAGGACGGGCGCCACGGGAGACCGAGCCAAGGAGGGCAUCUCCAUCAACUGUGGACUGCUGGCCCUGGGGAACGUUAUCAGCGCUUUGGGCGACCGCAGCAAGCGGUCCUCGCACGUGCCUUACCGAGACUCCAAACUGACCCGACUUCUGCAGGACUCCUUGGGAGGAAAUAGCCAAACCGUGAUGAUCGCAUGCAUCAGCCCGUCCGACCGCGACUUCAUGGAGACGCUCAACACGCUCAAGUACGCCAACCGCGCCCGCAACAUCAAAAACAAGGUGGUAGUCAACCAGGACAAAGCCAGCCAGCAGAUCAGCGCGCUCAGGACGGAGAUCGCCAGACUGACGAUGGAACUCAUGGAAUACAAAACGGGUAAACGCUUGGCAGGCGAGGAUGGCGUGGAGAGCUUCAGCGACAUGUUCCACGAGAACGCCAUGCUGCAGACGGAAAACAGUAACCUGCGCGUGCGGGUGAAAGCCAUGCAGGAGACCAUCGACGUCCAGCGGGCGCGACUCACCCAGCUGCUCAGCGACCAGGCCAACCAGGCCCUCGCCAGGGCGGGUGAAGGAGGCACAGAGGAAAUUGGCAACAUGAUUCAGAGUUACAUCAAAGAAAUUGAAGACCUCAGAGCCAAGCUCCUGGAGAGCGAGGCGGUGAACGAGAACCUGCGCAAGAACCUAACUCGCGCCUCCAGCCGCCAAGCCUUCUACGGCGGGCCCGGCUCUUUCACGUCCUCCUCCGCCCCCGAGAAAGAGACGUCCGACAUCAUUGAGAUGGCCAAGAAGGACCUGGAGAAGCUGAAGAAGCGAGAGAAAAAAAAGAAGAAAAGACUACAGCAGCUGUUGGAGGAGCGAGAGAGGAGGGAGGAGGAGCUGGAGGAGGAGGUUGCCGUCAGCGUAGUCAAGGAGGACAAUCCCGACAACGAGCAGGAGAAGAGCAGCGACAAGGAGAACAACGUCGAGCGAGCCGGCGAUGAAGCCGAUCUGGACGGCAGCGAGCACGAUGAAGGAGACGAGGAGGAUGAAGAGGAGGACGAGGACAUGGAGGUGGAGGACAGCUCGGACGAUUCCGACUCGGAGUCGGACGAGAAAGAGAACUUCCAGGCCGACCUGGCCAACAUCACGUGCGAGAUCGCCAUCAAGCAGAAGCUGAUCGACGAGCUGGAGAACAGCCAGCGCCGUCUGCACACGCUCAAGCAGCAGUACGAGCAAAAGCUGAUGAUGCUGCAGUGCAAGAUUAAGGACACGCAGCUGGAGCGGGAUCGCGUCCUCCAGAACAUGAACUCCGUGGAGAGCGGCACGGAGGACAAGGCCCGCAAAAUCAAGACGGAGUAUGAGAGGAAGCUGAGCGUGAUGAACAAGGAGCUGCAGAAGCUGCAGUCGGCCCAGAAGGAACACGCCCGCCUGCUCAGAAACCAGUCGCAGUACGAGAAGCAGCUACGCAAGCUCCAGAUGGACGUGUCUGAAAUGAAGAAGACCAAGGUUCGCCUCAUGAAGCAGAUGAAGGAGCAGCAGGAGAAGAACCGCAUGAACGAGUCCCGCCGAAACCGGGAGAUUGCCUCCUUGAAGAAGGACCAGCGCAAACAAGAGCAUCAAUUGAAGCUACUGGAGGCUCAGAGGAGGCAGCAGGAGCUUAUCCUCAGGAGGAAGACAGAGGAGGUGACGGCUCUGAGGAGGCAGGCCAGGCCCACCUCAGGAAAGGUCAUUCGUAAGCUCAAUCUGCCAGAUGCCAACCAGGACUUGUCCCACCGUCCGCCCUCUGGACGCACGUAUUCUGGACACGGUGCUCCCAACGGCACCAGGUCCUCCCCCAGGCGGGUGGGCGGACUGUACUCCACCCGGAUGGCCCGCAACAAGUGGCAGUCACUGGAGCGACGCAUCUCGGACGUCAUCAUGCAAAGGAUGACCAUCUCCAACAUGGAGAACGACAUGAACCGCCUCCUCAAGCAACGCGAGGAGCUGACCAAGCGUAAGGAGAAGGUGGUGAAGAAGCGAGAGCGACUGGCCAGGGAAGACUCCGAAGCGGAGAAGGCGGUGGUGCCGCUCAACGAGGAAGUGGACGCGCUGGCUGCCAACAUUGACUACAUCAACGACAGCAUUGCCGACUGUCAGGCCAACAUCAUGCAGAUCGAGGAGACCAAGGAGGAAGUCGACACCGUGGACGUCUCUGCUGUGAUCGGUUCCUGCACUCUGGUGGAGGCUCGUUUCCUGCUGGAUCACUUUAUGUCCAUGGCUAUCAACAAGGGUCUGCAGGCGGCCCAGAAGGAGUCCCAGGUGAAAGUGAUGGAGGGUCGCCUGAAACAGACGGAGAUCACCAGCGCCACUCAGAACCAGCUGCUCUUCCACAUGCUGAAGGAGAAGGCCGAGUUCAACCCGGAGCUGGACGCCCUGCUGGGCAACGCCCUGCAAGAGCUAGGUAACGUGGCAGCCGAAAACGGCGACGACAGCAGCAGCGACGAGUCGGCCACCAGCCCGUCAGCAAACGGAAACACUGUGCCGGAUCUUAUGAAGUUCUGCGGCGAGACCAAGUCUCGGAAUAAGGCUCGCCGGCGCACCACCACUCAAAUGGAGCUCUUGUAUGCCAACAGCGAGGCCGCCCCCGACACGGGCGACUUUUCGAGCCCCGUGUUGCCGCUAGCAGAGACGCCAGACGGCGUCGGUGACUUUGCGGCACUCUCGCCCAGCUUCUCCUCCAAAAUGUACAGCGCUUCGGGCCCCAGAAAGCCGCCGAGCGCCGAAAAGCGAGCUUCGCCGGCACCGUCGCCGCUCACUCGCAGGAAGACGUAUGACAAGGCCCAAGCGGAAGGCGACAGGGCAAAGCUCAAGGAGAUUAAACAGGGCGUCAUCCACCCGGUGACAUCCACCAAGAGUCGCUCGACCUCGCUGCUACAGUGCGUCCACGUGGCCGAGGGACACAGCAAGGCCGUCCUGUGCGUGGACUGCACCGAUGACCUGCUCUUCACCGGCUCCAAAGACCGCAGUUGCAAGGUGUGGAAUCUGGUGACGGGCCAGGAAAUUAUGUCGCUGGCCGGACAUCCCAACAACGUGGUGUCGGUGCGCUACAGCUCCAGCCUGGUCUUCUCCGUCUCCACCUCCUACAUCAAAGUGUGGGACAUCCGCGACUCGGCCAAGUGCAUUCGGACCCUCUGCUCCUCCGGUCAGAUCAAUCUGGGCGACGUCUGCGCAUCCAACACCAGUCGGACGGUCACCAUCCCGGCGGGUGAGAACCUGAUCAACCAAAUCGCACUGAACCCCAACGGGACGGUCCUGUACGCCGCUGCCGGGAACUCGGUCAGGGUGUGGGAUCUACGAAGGUUUGCGUCCACUGGGAAACUCACCGGUCACCAAGGUCCUGUUAUGUGUUUGACCGUGGACCAUUCGGGGAACAACCAGGACCUGGUGAUCACCGGCUCCAAAGACCACUAUGUCAAGCUCUUUGACGUGACUGAAGGCUCCCUGGGAAGCAUCGGCCCGACUCACAACUUUGAGCCCCCCCACUACGACGGGAUUGAGUCUCUGGUGAUCCAGGGCGACUUCUUCUUCAGCGGCUCCCGCGACAACGGCAUCAAGAAGUGGGACCUGGAUCGCAAGGACUUGCUACAGCAAGUCCCGAACGCUCACCGCGACUGGGUGUGCGCCCUGGGGUUGGUCCCGGGCUCUCCGGCGCUCCUGAGUGGCUGUCGAGGAGGGGUGCUCAAACUGUGGCACACGGACACUCUGGCGGGCCUGGGCGAGCUCAAGGGUCACGACAGCCCCAUUAACGGCAUCGCCACCAACGCCAGCCACUUGUUCACCGCUUCCGACGACCGGACGGUGAAGAUUUGGCGCGCGCGCAGCGGCGGACUGGACGGCACUUUUGAGGCGGUUGACAAUGCGGCGGACGAGGUGGCGAGUAACUGAACGUAUUCGCCGCAACUUCUGCUGGACUCUGUUCUGAUGUGCACUUUGAUUCCCCCUCGCGCUUGUUUCUCCGCCAGUACGAAGCCCGAACACAUACAUGACACGUAGCCACUAAGUGAUAACAACUCAUCAAGGUUGCGUUAAGUGCGCUUUCCAAGCAUGAGCUAUUAUUAGCUAUUGCUUGUUGCACCGUAGCCGUCCAACAUGGCCGCCGCCGGUCUUGCCAAAUCUCGGAUGGAAAGUGUCGGGUUGCUAGCCGGUCUAAACAACCCGCCGCUGUGCUUCCUGUUUCUUGAUGUCGUUAAGCUUCAUGUCUUCAUGUCACCCCAAAAGACACAAAAGACACUCAACUCUACCUUGGAAGCUUCAUUACAUAUAUAACUUUUUUUUUUUCUGUUAAGUGUUCGAAUGUGACAAAUGCUGAAUGCAUCUUAUUUAUGUCAUGUAGACCCGACUUGAUUGUGUGGUGUGCGGGCUUCAUGUUGGUCUUCUAUUCUUAGCACGUAAGUCUUAAAAGUGAUCAUUUUGUUUUUUCAGGAUGAAGCUUCUUACCACUAUCCAUCCUCUAUAUCGGCCACAUACGUAAACGUGGUCCGCACUCCAUCCACACGCCGACCUCCUCGGUCCUCCGUGUCCACACUCGUAACACGUACGUUAAUGUGCACCAUGCCCUCCUCGUGCGUUGAUGCGGUUGGUUAUAUUCUCGAGAUGAUCACAUGGUCUGCGCUCACCCCGCUAAUAUUGUUAUACGGUUGACCCACUCCGCGCUCACUGUGUGUAUGUGACAUCAUCCAUGCUAGCUCCAUGCACAAUUAACUCCGACCCUCACUACAUGUUGACAUUGGGCGUGAUCUCUUCGUAUCUCUGAUCACU